UCUGAGGAAAACAUGGCGCACAGACUAGUGCAUAAACCAGUGAUAUUCAUUGUUUCAAUCUAUUCUUUUACCACAUUCUGUUUGUCUAUAUUCGUAGCUUUUGCAACAUUUGAAACAGUAAACACUGACAGUGUGUUCAGUGCAAGCCACACGGCUACUGUACCCGUCGCUGCCGCCAGGGAUCUACGGUAUUUGUUGUAUGACGUGAACCCCCCUGAGGGUUUUAACCUGCGGAGAGAUGUGUAUAUCCGCAUGGCCUCCCUGGUGAAGACUUUAAGGAAGGAGGGGGAUGACUGGGUGUUGGUGCUUCCUCCAUGGGGUCGCCUCUACCACUGGCAGAGCCCCAACAUCCACCAGAUCCGCAUUCCUUGGGGAGAGUUCUUCAGCCUCACCAGCCUGCAGGCUAAUGUGCCUGUCAUUGAGUAUGAGGAAUUCAUCGCUGAGAAUGGAGGCCCAUUCAUAGACCAGGUUCUAGUACUCCAGAACUAUGCUGAGGGAUGGACAGAUGGAAAAUGGGAGGAAAAAGUUGAUGAGCGCCCAUGCAUUGAGAAGUUGAUGUACUCCAAAGACAAACAGGACUACUACAGGGGCUGGUUUUGGGGCUAUGAGGAAACAAGAGCUCGAAAUGUGACAUGCAUAUCAGCCCAAGGCCAUGCCUCCAUCAUGGCCCCAGUUCUUCAGAAAAACAUCACAGUGACAUCAGUAAUGCUUGACCGAGCGGAGACGCUCCUUCAUGAUCACUAUGCUGGAAAGGAUUAUUGGGAUACUCGCCGCAGCAUGGUUUUCGCCAAGCACUUGCGACUCAUCGGAGAUGACUUCAGAGCAAAGUACCUGAACUCUACAGAUGACAGAGACCACACCAUGUACAGUGAGGACUGGACUCGCAUGAAAGCCAAGCUGGGCUCAGCUAAAGGUGGUCCAUAUCUGGGGGUCCACCUGCGCAGGAAGGACUUUAUCUGGGGUCACAGAGAGGAUGUACCCAGCCUUAAGGGGGCAGUCAAAAAAAUGCGCAGCUUGAUGAAGAAGCACAAACUUGACAAAGUGUUUGUUGCAACAGAUGCGGAUGAGGAAGAAUUGAGGGAGCUAAAAAAGUUGUUGCCAGACAUGGUGCGGUUUGAACCAUCCACAGAGGACCUAGAGCUCCUUAAAGAUGGAGGAGUGGCCAUCAUUGACCAGUGGAUAUGUGCUCAUGCAAGAUUCUUCAUUGGAACAUCUGUGUCCACCUUUUCUUUCCGGAUCCAUGAAGAGAGGGAGAUCCUGGGUUUUGACCCCAAAGCUACAUACAGUCGUUUCUGUGGGGACACUGAGAAAGAAUGCGAACAGCCCACGCACUGGAAAAUUGUUUAUUGAUGAGACCUAUGAAUUUCCUGACACACACAAGUGCCAAAAAAGCAGUAUUAAGUGACAUUUAUUUGUAUGUAAAAUAGUAGGAAGAUAUUUUAAAGGUUUUAUGGUGUAUUUUUUAUGGUUUCAGAGUUGUGCAGUCAGGUCUGCUGUGACCACUGUGAUUCAACCUUAAGCUCAAAAGGCCAAGAAUGGGUUGCCAAACAUGUAUUACUGCAAUGUUAAACAAUUAAAUCUUCUUUUUUUAUGUGGUAUGUUAAAUGUGGUUUCCUUUGUGACGCUCUGGCAUUUUACAUGAUUUCUAAUAUUUAUUAUUAACCCUAGCACAACUGGUGAGAAAAAAGCAUUCUCUGUUUGACAUUUCAUGAGAUGGAAAUGAAAAGGUUGCUGUUCAGUGCCAAUGUUGAACAUCUAAACUUUAUUAUAUUUUUAAGAAUAUAACUUAAGAUUUUUUUUUUUUAAUGACACCACAAUGCAUUUCUGAUAAAAGGGUCCAGUGCAUCUUUUGUUAGUCUAUCACUGCCAACUGUUGAUAAAUCAGUCAUUUAAGAAAGUACCAGUUCAUUAAACUGGUGGCAAGAAAGAGUA